CGUCGGGGGAGACAUCAACACACACUUGCGACAUAAAAUGCUCUCGAGGACGAUUCGCCGCGCCGCCAAGCCGGCCACGACGACGCGCUCGUUCGAGCGGUACCUCAACCUGCACGAGUACCAGAGCUCGGCGCUGAUGAAGGAGAAUGGCAUCAAUGUGCCUGUCGGCAUAGCAGCCCACUCUGCAAAAGAGGCGAUCGCGGCAGCGGAGGAGAUUGGCGACGCGGAAGUCGUGAUCAAGUCGCAGAUCCUCGCCGGUGGACGAGGGCUGGGAACGAUCUGGAAGUCUGUAUCUUCAGGGUACUCUUACCCCCCCCCUCCUGGCAUGAACGCCAGCUGCUGCGCGCCUCCGUCCGCCACGUAUCUGCAAGGCGGCGUGCACGUCAUCAAGAAGGAGCAGGUUGAGGCGUACGCCAAUAAGAUGCUUGGCGGCACCCUGGUCACCAAGCAGUCCGGCCCGGAAGGCAAGCCGGUUACGACCCUGCUGAUGGCCAAGAAGAUGGAGCUCGUCAACGAGAUGUACCUGUCGAUCACCCUCGACCGCACAACGAUGGGCCCUCUGAUCGUCGCGUGCGCCAAGGGCGGCACCUCGAUCGAGGACACCGCCGCGGAGGACCCUUCUUGGAUCAUCAAGUGCCCGGUCGACAUCUCCAAGGGCAUCACCAAGGAGAACACAAAAACGGUGGUCGACGGCCUCAUCGCAGGGCUCGAUAGGAUGGGCGUCGCCUCGCAGCUCAAAGACAAGAAGGAGGACGCCUACAAACAGAUCGAGAACCUAUACAACAUGUUUGUCAAGUACGACUGCACGAUGGUCGAGGUGAACCCGAUCGCCGAGGACCCGAGCGGAUUGCUCCUCGCCGCCGACGCGAAGAUUGGCUUCGACGACAACGCCGCCUUCCGGCAGCAGGAGGUGUUUGACAUGGGCGAAAAGAACGUGGACCAGGUGGACCCGCGCGAGGUGGCGGCCGCAGAGUUCGACCUCAACUACGUCGGCCUCGACGGCAACAUCGGCUGCAUGGUCAACGGCGCGGGCCUGGCCAUGGCGACCAUGGACAUCGCGAGCCAAAAGGGGGGCGAGCCCGCCAACUUCCUCGACGUCGGCGGCUCCGCGUCGGUCAAAAACAUCAAGGGCGCAUUCGAAAUCAUCACCAGGGACCCGAAGGUCAAGUGCAUCCUGGUCAACAUCUUCGGCGGCAUCAUGAAGUGCGACGUGAUUGCCGAGGGCGUCAAGCAGGCCGCCGCGGAGAUGGACCUAAAGAUUCCGCUCGUCGUGCGGCUCGAGGGCACCAACGUCGCCGCAGGCAACAAGAUCAUUAAGGACGCAAACCUGGCUACCCUCAUCUCUGCCGACGACCUCGACGACGCCGCCGAAAAGGCCGUGCAAGCGAUAUCGUGAGAGCGAAUGGCGCUGCCACCGAUUCCCCGGCACGGCUUGCACAGGGGCGUGUCACGCGCAGGCGUGCAAAAUCUUGACUUGUUUGCGUGUCCUCUUACGAAGCGCUUCGGUCGCGUGUGCGCAGUGCGGCCGCGGUUGCGCUCUUCGCCUGAGACGUUUUUCGUUGGUAGGAUUCUAGCUGAACACCUUUCGCGCUUC